CACCAACCUUCUUGUUAAAUAUUUGGAAGCAACAAAAACAAUUGCUCUCUCUCUCUCUCUCUCUCUCUCUCUCAUAAAGAUAAAGAAAAUUUAAGCAAAGAAAAGGAUAUUUUAUUUUCCUUUGUGAGUUUUUCUUGGAAUUAGGAGGUGGAAAAAUUAAAAUCACUAGAUGGGUCUUUCAAGCUUUCCUAGUGCAGCAGAAGGAGUAUUACCAAUUUUGGUAAUGAACACAGUUCUAUCAGUAGCUUUACUGAAGAAUAUGGUAAGGUCUUUGCUUCAAGUUGUGGGUGCUAAUUGGAUCCCACAAGAUUAUGAACAAGACCCAGAUGAGUUCCCUCGAGAAAAUGCAAGAAUGAGAACAAUUUCAAUUACCCAGUUCAAAUCUUUGACUCCCCACAGUAAUGGUGGCGGCAGCUGCAGCGGCGGCAGCCGCGGUGCUAUAGUGGAAUGCUGUGUGUGUUUAUGUGGGUUUGAAGCUGAAGAGGAGGUGAGUGAGUUGUCUUGCAAACAUUUCUUUCAUAGAGGGUGUCUGGACAAGUGGAUUGACAAUAAACAUAGUACUUGCCCUCUUUGUCGAUCUAUUCUCUGAAAUUUAUAGAAUUUUUGGUCCUAAAAUGGAUGUUUAGGUUUUCUUUUUUUUUUUUUUUUGGUUUUGUGCUUGAUUUUUGAGCAAAAAUAUUGAAAGGAUGGUUGUGUAUUACAUGGAAAUCUGAUAAUCUUGCUUUUAUUUCUUACAAGUUAAUUAUAACACGUCCUAUAUUUUUGUUUGUUCA